AUGGCCAAGAAGAAAGAUAAGGAGUCCAAGAAGGCUCGUGCCGAAGCCAAGCAAAAAAAAGCGCUAGAAAAGGCUGCUGUUAAGGAUAAAAAGAAGGCCAAGAAGCUCUCUCAAGAUGAUGAAGAAGAUGACCUCGAUGUUGAGGAAAUGUUGGCGAACUUCAAGCGGGAGCAGGAGAACUUUGAACGUAUAAAUGUAGAAAAUGUGGAUAGACCAGGCCAACGGGUGAACCCAUGUAUUUUUGUCAAUCCUACCCAGGGGAAGCGUGAAUUAAUGAUGUUUGGAGGUGAAUCGACAAGUGCAGAGACUGGUACGACUCAUUUCCAUAACGAUAUGUUUAUUUAUUCAUUGGAUACUGAUGCGUGGAAACGUGUGACGUCGCAGAAUUCGCCCAUGCCUCGUUCAUCUGCCGCUUGUGCAGCACAUCCCAGUGGUGUAGCGUUGAUUCAUGGUGGUGAGUUCUCAUCGCCCAAACAGAAUACCUUUUACCAUUACUCGGACUCGUGGUUAUUCGAGUGUUCUACGAGAGAAUGGACUAAGAUCGAGCAGAAGAACGGGCCUAGUGCCCGUUCUGGUCACAGAAUGACCGUAUGGAAGAAUUUCAUCAUUUUGCAUGGUGGGUUUAGAGAUCUCGGAACGUCUACUACAUAUCUAAACGAUUUGUGGGUUUUUGACAUCACGAACUACAAAUGGAAACAAAUCGAGUUCCCUCCGACCCACCCGGUUCCAGACGCACGUUCAGGACACUCGCUAAUACCCACAGCAGAGGGUGCUGUUUUAUGGGGUGGUUACACGAAGGUGAAGGCGGGCAAGGGUCUGCAAAAGGGUAAGAUUCUUUCUGAUUGCUGGCACUUAAAGAUGAAGUCUGAUUUGGGUGCGAUCAGAUGGGAGAGAAGAAAGAAACAAGGACCUCAACCGUCACCAAGAGUUGGUUGUUCCAUGGUGUAUCAUAAAGGGAGAGGUGUUCUUUUCGGUGGUGUAUACGACUUUGAAGAAACAGAAGAAAGCUUGAGGUCGGUAUUCUACAAUGAUUUGUACACUUACCAAGUGGAAAGUAAUAGAUGGUAUUCCAUGUCAUUGAGAGCUCAACGGAAAAAGGCGAAGGUUGCACAAUCGAAGUCCAGCAGAAACAAGGACAAGGAAUUGGAAGAUAUUUUAAACCAGAUUCUUGACAAGGCCAAUCUAAGAGAUGCGGACGACGAGGAAGACACUAGAGCCAUUGAGGAACAAUUGAACCAGUUGAAGAUAGCGGAAGAUCGAGAAAACGGUGAUGUCGAUGGCACUGAUGACAAUGAAGAUAAGGAAAGGGCAGCUGCGAAAACGUACGAAGUCAGAAACACCUUCCCUCACACCAGAUUCAAUGCUUCCACUGCGGUUGUGGAUGAUACCCUAUUCAUUUUCGGUGGUGUUGUUGAGAUUGGUGAGAAGGACUACCCAAUCGACUCUUUCUACAGUAUUGACAUGAACAAGCUAGAUGGCUGCAAAGUGUACUGGGAGAAUUUGGAAGAUGUGGUCAAGGCUGAGAAGCUAGGCGAACAAGAUUCCGAUGACGAGUUCGACGAUGAAGAUGAUGACGAUGAAGACGAUGGUGAAGAAGAAAUUGCCGAUAGAAAGCUUGAAUCCGAGGAUGAGGGCGAGGAUGAGGAUGAAGAAGAAGAGGAAGAGAAGGAAGAAGAAGAGUAUGAAAUUCCAGAUCCAAGACCAUGGUUGCCUCAUCCAAAAGCCUUCGAAUCGCUUCGUUCCUUCUACGUUCGUACUGGUGCAACAUUUUUGGAAUGGGCCAUUUCUAGUAAUAGAGACUCUAAGGGUAAACACUUGAAGACCAAGUCCUUUGAAUUGUGUCAAGACCGUUGGUGGGAAAGAAGAGAACAGGUACGUAUUGAAGAAGACAAGCUCGAGGAAAUGGGAGGUGUUGAGGACGUUAUUGAGAAGGACACUUCAAAAUCUCAGAAAAGAAGAUAG